UUGUGAGGGCACGUAACAUGGCUGCUCCGCCUACUUUUACGUGCACUUUAAAGAACAGUGCCAACGCGUACUCUUCAACUUCAGGGUGUACUCAAGCAGAAAUCACUGCAGGCUUGGGAGAAUAUGCAGCUGCUCUUGUUGGGGACUCUUGCCCUGUUUGUCGGGGUCACAGUUGCUGUGCCUGCGCAGGAGAAGCGUGUACAUCAUAAGCCUGACCUCAGUGAUCAUGCUCACGAUGAUGCCCAUGGUUUUCAGUAUGACCACGAGGCCUUCCUGGGCAAGGAGGAAGCCAAGACCUUUGACCAGCUGAGCCCGGAGGAGAGCAAAGAGAGACUGGGAAAGAUUGUGGAUAAGAUUGACACAGAUAAGGAUGGUUUUGUCAGUCAUGCUGAGCUACACCACUGGAUCAAGCACAGGCAGAGGAGGUACAUUGAGGAGAACGUGGACAAGCACUGGAAAGAGUACGACCAGAAUAAGGAUGGGAAGAUUGGAUGGAUUGAGUACAAGAACACCACCUACGGAUAUUAUAUGGAUGUAGAGUUUGAUGAUGUGGAUGAUAAGGCCAGUUACAAAGCCAUGCUCACUAGAGAUGAGAGACGGUUCACGUCCGCAGACCGGGAUGGGGACGGUAUCGCUACCAGAGAAGAGUUCACUGCCUUUCUCCAUCCAGAGGAGUUCGACUACAUGAGACACAUUGUGAUACAGGAAACAAUUGAAGACAUUGACAAGAAUGGUGAUGGCAAGAUUGAUCUGCAGGAAUACAUUGGGGACAUGUUCACCCCUGAAAAUGGAGAGAAUGAACCAGACUGGGUCACAACAGAGAAGAAACACUUCUCAGAGUUCAGAGACAUGAAUAAGGAUGGUUUCCUUGAUGCCAAUGAAGUAUCUCAUUGGAUCCUGCCUGGAGAGGUGGACCAUGCAGAUAAUGAGGCCCGGCAUCUCAUUCACGAAACCGAUAAAGACAACGAUGAAAAAAUCACAAAGAAGGAGAUUCUGGAAAAUUGGAACAUGUUUGUUGGGAGCCAGGCGACUAAUUACGGAGAGGAUCUCACUAAAAGACAUGAUGAGCUUUAAUGCUAGCAUAUCUGGGUAGAGGGGAAGGGCAGUAUAUUUUGGGUGUCGGUGAGAAGAUAGGAAACUGAAUAUGAAAAUGAUAGCUAAUCUUCAUUGGCUGUUGGGUGGGAACAUUUCCAGGGUCAAAGGUCAGGGGUUAGGCUUCAAGCUUCUGAGGCCCUGUCCCAAAUGGCACAUUUCAUAGCACUUUCGGUCUUGUGGACUUACAAUGGCUGCCACGUGCGUGUCCGUCAAAUCCACGAGACCGUAGGGUGUCCCAUUUGUCAAUUUUAGGUCUCAGAAGGGUGCUCACGAGUGCCCCCUUUGAGGUCGAUAUGUGCCCUUGAUGUGCUCUUUUGCCGAGCCCGCACUUGUGCAAGAUCCACGGCAGAAAUCUUCCCAACAGUCAUUCCGUUAUAACGACAUUACGUCACAAAAGUGCGGACUUGUAGGAAGACCGCGAGUGUUUAGGGUGCCAUUUGGGACAGGGCCUAUGUCAGUGAAGAUAAGAAUCUUACUGAGACAGAUAAAUGUUUUAUUUAUUGUCAAACACAUUACAUUUUUGCAACAAAAUUAUGAUGAACACUUACAUUCACAGACACUCCAGCUUGCUUAUAUUGUGAAGAAAUAGACAUACGUCUUCCACUUGAGAGAUGCUCAGGAAUUCAGCACUGAAUACAGGGCCAGUUUCAGUAUUCAAUGUAACAGGCCUGUUUUGACUGUUACAAAGUACAUUUCACAUUAGCAGUGUGUGAUUUCACAUUUAACAUACCACUCACAUGAAAAUGGGUAUAAAGAAAUGAAGCCAGAGCAAAAAGGGAGGGAAGGAGGGGCGGGACUCAGUAGGUGGGAGGAGACAAAAGUGAUUGACACUGUAUUGGUGGAGCAUUUUUCUCUCUGUGAAUUCUAAAUAAAGCCAUGUUGGUUUUUUUUAA